AUGUUGUCUAAUCAUUUCCAGAAUGGUAUUGAGACAGCUAAAUUAGUUUGGUCUAGAUUACCAAACUCAGAAGAAGAAGGUGAAACUGGGGGUGAUUUAGAUGAUGAUAUUACUUUUAGAAAACUAAGUGAAGGUAGCAGUGAAAGUCUUGAUUAUGAAGUUAUCGAGAAUUAUGCUUACAGAAAAGAACAGUCACAAAGAGGAAAGCUUUAUGUUGGAUACUAUGUUGCUGUUAAAUGGUUCUUUGCUUUACUCAUUGGUAUCGGGACUGGAUUAGCUGCUGUUUUUAUUAACAUUGCUGUUGAGAAUUUUGCUGGAUGGAAGUUUGCAGCAACGUUUGCAAUAAUACAGAAAUCUUAUUUAUUGGGGUUCUUGGUGUACAUAUUAAUCAACUUGGCAUUGGUAUUUUCAUCUGUCUGUAUAAUCACACAAUUUGCACCUGCUGCAGCAGGCUCUGGUAUUCCUGAGAUUAAAGGUUAUCUUAACGGGGUUGAUACACAUGGUAUUCUUCUGUUCAGAACCUUGGUUGGAAAGAUAUUUGGAAGCAUUGGUUCAGUGGGAGGUGGACUUGCUCUAGGCAAAGAAGGUCCUCUUGUCCAUACCGGUGCUUGUAUUGCUUCUCUGCUUGGACAAGGUGGGUCGACAAAAUAUCAUCUAAGCUUGAGGUGGCUUCAAGUAUUUAAGAGUGACCGUGACCGCCGUGAUCUUGUGACAUGUGGGUGUGCAGCUGGGGUCGCUGCUGCUUUCAGAGCUCCUGUAGGUGGUGUGUUGUUUGCUCUUGAAGAGGUUACGUCAUGGUGGAGGAGUCAACUUAUGUGGCGUGUCUUUUUCACAUCUGCUAUUGUGGCUGUUGUUGUGCGUACUGCUAUGGGCUGGUGCAAGAGUGGAAAAUGUGGGCAUUUUGGUUCAGGUGGCUUCAUAAUAUGGGACAUAUCAGGUGGCCAGGAUGACUAUUCAUUUGAGGAGUUACUACCUAUGGCUAUUAUUGGGGUUAUUGGAGGACUUCUAGGAGCAUUAUUUAAUCAGCUUACUCUCUAUAUAUCGUACUGGCGCCGAACUUAUUUACACAAAAAGGGGAAUAGGGUCAAGAUUAUUGAAGCAUGCCUAAUCUCUCUCAUAACCUCAGUUAUAUCAUUUGGGCUACCACUUCUACGAGAAUGCAGUCCAUGCCCAGAGGCAGAAGCUAAUUCCGAUAUAGAAUGCCCUCGCCCGCCAGGAAUGUACGGAAAUUAUGUAAAUUUUUUCUGUUCGAAGGACAAGGAAUACAAUGAUCUGGCAACUAUCUUUUUUAAUACACAGGACGACGCAAUACGAAAUUUAUUUAGUGCAAAAACAUUUCAUGAAUACAGUGCUCAAAGUCUUCUCACCUUCUUGGUUAUGUUUUACACUUUAGCAGUAGUAACGUUUGGUACUGCUGUUCCUGCUGGUCAAUUUGUUCCUGGAAUAAUGAUAGGAUCAACAUAUGGGCGGCUUGUUGGCAUGUUUGUAGUUAACUUUUACAAGAAGCUCAACAUCGAGGAAGGAACUUACGCUCUACUCGGUGCUGCUUCUUUUCUUGGGGGUUCAAUGCGGAUGACUGUUUCACUUUGUGUCAUUAUGGUUGAAAUUACAAAUAAUUUGAAGCUUUUACCUCUUAUCAUGCUAGUUCUUCUUAUAUCAAAGGCUGUUGGUGAUGCUUUCAAUGAAGGUCUAUAUGAAGAACAGGCCUCUUUGAGGGGAAUACCUUUACUUGACUCAAAACCUAAAUACCAAAUGCGAACAAUGACUGCAAAAGAAGCGUGUAGAAGUCAAAAGGUUGUUUACUUCCCUCGUGUUGUUAAAGUUGCGGAUCUAGUUUCUAUGUUGAGAACCAACAAGCACAAUGGCUUUCCUGUGGUCGAACAUGCGCGGAAUGGAGAAUCAGUUGUCAUUGGACUCAUCCUCCGUAGUCACUUAUUGGUGCUUCUGCAGUCUAAACUAGAUUUCCAACAUAGCCCCAUGCCAUGUGAUCUGGCAGGUGGAUCCAUACCAAUCAGACACAAUUUGGGCGAAUUCGUGAAACCUGUCUCCAGUAAAGGAUUGUCCAUAAGAGAUAUUCAUCUUACUUCAGACGACUUGGAAAUGUACAUAGAUUUAGCCCCUUUUCUGAAUCCUUCACCAUACGUUGUACCUGAAGAUAUGUCUCUGACAAAGGUAUACAAUCUUUUUCGCCAGCUAGGAUUAAGGCAUAUAUUUGUGGUGCCGCGUGCUUCUCGUGUUAUUGGUCUGAUUACAAGAAAGGAUUUGUUAAUUGAGGAACAUGAGGAAUCAGAAACUUUAGAGCUCCAAUCAACUAGUAGAUCGUAGACCCGGUAAAAGAGUUGCUAGGGGUGCAGAUACAGAGCAGCCACUUUUGGAUGGUCUUCUGGUGCAACGAUGAAAUUUUGUGUGAUCUCAGAUUGUCAUAAAUUUUUUGGACCACCACGGUGAUUAAUUCUUUUCUGCUCAUUGUCUAGCAUCUCUGAUAACCUUUUUUUUUUUUUGGCCAGGUCUGUGUUAGCCAUUAUAUCUUAGCUCAUUUUUUCUUAUAUACUUUAGUUGCCAUCAUCCCCUGUUCACACAACAGCUAAUCCUUGUAAUAUGUUCAGAAAUUAGGUAGUCAAAUGGUAUAUAAAAAGAAACAGAUGAGGGGGAAAUUAAAAGGUGAUACAUGAGAAUAAGCACUUUGAUCCGUAGAAUAAUGAACAGUGAGCACACUGAGCAUCACUUUGGUGGUCUCUUCAAUGCUUCCACCAUUAUCCGGUGGUUUUUCUUUAAUGGAACAAGUUAAUGUGCUACAGUUGUGGAAUUUUUGUCAUCUUAUAUCCCAAAUGGUGCAAGAAGUGGGUAUCUCAAAGGUGCUCCAGGAUGGAAAUUUACUUGUCAAGUCGGUUUUUCUUAAAAAAGAGAAGAAGUGACGGUGAAUUCCUGAAUGGCUUAGUUGAAGAAGCUUAGUAGAAGAUAUAGAAGAUUAGCGAUUUCCAUACUUGAAUCUCAAGAACCAGUUUUAUGAUGUAUUUCGCAAAAUAUUUACUUCAAGAGUAGAACCCUUGCCCUUUGUUUC